AUGGAAAACGGACGGGGUAGUACUUUAACCAAACAGUGGAAAAGUGCUUUUAUUAAAGCAAAAGAAUUACCUGAUCCUUGGGCAGAGUAUGAUAUCGAAAACAGAUGCCAGACUGAAUUAGCCAAACGACAUCGUUAUAAUGCAGCCACCAAAACUUGGUUGGAAGAUCGAGUUUUGGUUAAAAUAGAUGAUGAGUCGUUUGCCCAUGGAGCAAUGCGGCAGUGUUACAGAAUGAAGAAAUUGUCCAACUGGAAAAAAGUCCGAUGCGAGGAAGAUAUUUAUGAUACUAGUCUUGAAUGGAAACAAGCAUUGAAUUGUGUUGCAAAACGCUAUAUCGAUCCUGUGGAAAGAUUUAUCUACUUUGAAGAGUGCAAACUACAAAUGGAUGCCAAGUUAUGGGGUGAAGAAUACAACAGACACAAUCCGCCAAAGAAGGUUGACAUCAUUCAAGUUUCUAUAAUAGAACUUAUCAACAGACCAGAUAAGCCACUAUAUCACAUAGAGCAUUUUGUGGAAGGAGAUUACAUCAAGUAUAAUUCAAACUCUGGUUAUGUUGACGAGACAUUACGCGCAACACCCCAAGCCUUUAGCCAUUUUACCUUUGAGCGUUCUGGCCAUCAACUGAUUGUCGUGGAUGUCCAAGGCGUUGGCGACUUAUAUACUGAUCCUCAAAUUCAUACCGCCGACGCUAAAAGCUACGGAGAAGCAAAUUUGGGACCAAAAGGCAUGGCACUCUUCUUUAGUUCCCAUACUUGCAAUCCAUUAUGCGAAUUAUUGAGUCUUGGUACCUUUGAUUUAAGUAGCAAUGGAAAGCAACGAUUACUGACAAGUCAAUUUAGCAAUCAAUCUUCCUCCACCUUAUCAAUACAAGACUUUCAAAGAAGCGAUUCUCAUGUUAAUCCAGUUUCACCCGUUGAAGAAAGUUUAGAAGACUACUUCUUAAAAAGAGCUAGCGAAAGUUCCUCGAAUCAGACGACACCUGUAGGAUCACCGUUAGAUUCUCCAGUCGAUGAUUUUCCAAUGGAAUUUCCUAUCAUAAGAGCUCGGAAAACGUCACGACAAAGACAUGAUAGUGGUGACGAUGGUGAAGAAGAUAGACUAUUCCAGCAACACAGACGAUCACAUAGAGGCUCUAGUGUGGCUGCUGAAAUUAAGCUUUUUAGCUUAAAGAAAUUUACCGGUAAAAUGAAGAAUACGUCCAUUCUAGGAAAGAUACACUUUGAACUUGCAAGAUAUAAUGAAAUGGGUCGAUUUACCGAUAAAGAACCAGAUUUAGAGUCUGGAUUCUAUCAUUUGUUAUUAGCCGCUAAUUUAGGCUUAACUGAUGCUGUCAUUAAUGCUGCCAACAUUUAUCUCCAAUCGCCCCAUGAUAUUCUGAUUGAUUUUUCUGUCGAAGAUACAGAGGAGAAUAGGAUCAAAGGGUAUAAUUUCAUGCUAGAAGCCGCUAAUGGUGGAGAUCGCAAGGCGAUGGUAAUCAUUGCAAAAGCUCAUGAUACAGGAGAAAUAGUCGGACACGAAAGAUCUUGGAAUGAAGCAGUUCACUGGUAUCAGUGUGCUAUGGAUACUGCUGAUGAUGACGAUGCAGGCUGCUUUGACGCUUGUAUGGAAGAUCCGAACUAUUCAUUAAUGGUACGUCAAGCCGAGUUGUAUCGUGCAGGUGGAUAUGACUUAGAACAGGAUUUAACGCAAGCUGCAGAAUUAUAUAAUUCAGCUGGUGAAAAUGCUACGGCAUCUAUGAAAGGGCGCCUCGCAACUAAAUAUUACAUGAUCGCGGAAGAAAUAUGGGGAGAAAUUGAUGAAUAA